AUGGAGGGUGCCAAAGACCGUCUCAAGCAGCUCGCAUCGCACUUCACCUCUGCAAACCCCGUACCCGGUCCACCGCCCAUUCAACCCGGCGAUAGCCACGAAUACCACCACAGACACAACUUCCACACGCUCAGCCCGACAUGGUUUCUCUGGCGCGCCGCACAGAUUGAGCCCGAUGCUUUGGCAAUAUACCACAAGACGGCCAACAACCAAAUCCUGCGGCGUUCUUAUGCCGAAGCUGCGGAUCGCGCGCGAGGACUGGCAUACUACUUGAGGAAACAUGGGUAUAAGAGAGUGGGUAUACUGGCGACCAAUACGCCAGCGUUCCUGGAGAGCAUAUUUGGAAUUGCAGCUGCGGGGGCUGUAAACGUAGCUAUCAAUUAUCGGCUCAAACCUGAUGACAUUAGCUACAUUUUCCAACAUUCGGAUGUAGACAUGAUUAUCGCAGAUGCGGAAUUUGUGAGCUUGCUAGACGACUACAAAAAGGCAAAACCGAAUGUACCAAUCCUAAUCGACACGGACAUGGAUGCCACCGAAGGCGAGCUCUCUGGUCCCUUCGACGAUGCAGUCUUGGAAGGACUGAAGUAUGAUGUAGAGCAGGGCGGCAAAGGAUGGGAGGACCUGGAGUCGCAUGCAAACAACGAGGAAGAUGUUAUUGCGCUGGCAUACACGAGUGGGACCACGGCCAGACCAAAAGGUGUUGAAUACACCCACCGCGGAGUCUACCUCGCUGCCAUGGGCAAUGUCAUUGAAUCCGGGCUCAACUACCAUUCAGGUCGCGCAAAGUAUCUCUGGACACUGCCUAUGUUCCACGCCACAGGCUGGACCUUUCCCUGGUCCGUCACCGCAGUCCGAGGCACACAUUACUGCCUCCGAAAGAUCGACUACCCAGAAAUCUGGCGUCUGCUCAAGGAAGAAGGCAUAACGCACUUCAACGCCGCCCCAACUGUCAACACCCUCCUCUGCGCAGCCAAAGAAGCCGAACGCCUCCCCCACCCCGUCCGCGUCACCGUAGCAGCAUCCCCGCCCUCAGCCUGGCUCUUUGAGCAAAUGUCAAACCUGAACCUCAGCCCCGUCCACGUCUACGGCUUAACCGAGACCUACGGACCCAUCACAAAGGGCUACCACGUGCCUGAAUGGGAUACUUUGCCUGAAAAGGAGAAAUACAGCCGCAUGGCACGCCAGGGCCACGGCUUCAUCGUCGCCAAAGCCCUCCGCGUCAUCAAGCCUGAGCAACCCGCCGGCGUCCUCACGAACGUGGAGAAGGACGGCAAGGAAAUCGGCGAAAUCAUCUUCGAAGGCAACAUCUGCGCAAAGGGGUACUACAAGGACGCCGAGGCAACACGCAAGCUGUGGGAAGGAGGAUGGUUGCAUACGGGUGAUUUGGCAGUUUGGCAUCCAGAUGGUGCAAUUCAGAUUCUCGAUCGCGCAAAGGAUAUUAUUAUCAGUGGCGGCGAAAACAUCUCCUCCGUCGCCCUCGAAGCAAUGCUCUCGACGCACCCUGCCAUCCUCGAAGUCGGCGUCUGCGCCGUUCCCGAUUCGCACUGGGGUGAGCGGCCCAAGGCGUUUGUGACGACGAAGGAUGGGUCGAAUAGCGAGACGUUGGGCGCAGAGGUGAUUCAGUGGGCCAAGGAGAAUAGCCAUAUUAGUCGGUUUAUGGUGCCGAGGGAGGUGGUGGUUGUGCGGGAGUUGCCCAAGACGAGUACGGGCAAGAUUCAGAAAAAUGUGCUUAGGGAGUGGGCGAGGAAGGGGGUUGUCGAGUAA